AUGCCCCUUAGCAUCUUUGCCUGGGCAGGUUAUCUAACAUCUUCGGACGUGGCGGUACUCUCGUCGAACCCCUCAGAUGCAGGAUUUCCCUCUCCCACAGGCAGAGGGAGAAAAGAGCAAGAACGAAGAUCUGGUUUUAGAAUCAUGACGGUCGCGCGGGGCUGGUCCGCUGAGGCGGAUAGGCUCCUUGACUAUCUGGAGCACGGAAUAUUUGAUGCUAUCGAAAAGCAAUACCUUCGUAGUCUAAUUUUCGCUAUCUACUUGGACGAUCAAGAUCCGAACAACAUUGUAGAAGCGUACACAUUCAAUUUUAAGUACCAGUCCGUCCCAGGAAGCGACACUCCCGUCCCGAUUAUGUCUUUGGGUGAAGACCUCUUAAAUCUGUCGCUUAAUGGGCACAAAGGACUCGAUGACCCAGUCAAUGAGGUCACGAAGAGCGGUAAACUACAUACGUUGGGAGAUGUCCAGAAAAGUAUCAAGUCAUUGAUUAAGGUGCUGAUAACCUGCACGACCACCAUGAGUCAACUCCCAAAGCAAAGGUUUGUCAAGUUCAAAUUAUUAUACAACUCGAACGCCCCAGCCUCCUACGAGCCUCCGCACUUUGGGCCUGGGGACCCAGAUAAAGAUAGAUGGUUUUUCACCACACACGACCCGAAAGAGACUCCUGAGAAAUGCAGUGUUGGAAGUCUAGAAACAACCUGGCAUGGGGUUGAUGUCCAUGUCGCUUCUGUUUCCGGUAUCAUUCCAUCUGCAGACGACAAUAAGGCGCCGUUCUCCGGCCUCUCGACCGGCUCCGCCGUCGGCGUUAAGACCGCAGGAUGCCUAGAGUUGCGGCAAGGUCAUGCCGAAGCGCAGAAGCGUGACUCGCGACAACGCAAAAUUGCUUGGGACGCGGAGGCGUUUGGAAGGAUCGAUUCACGAGAUGCUGAUGCUGAAGGCGAGAUAGACCCGGAUUAUGUGACGGACCCUAACGACUCUGGAGCUGACCUAGAUACCUGGAAACCUAUUGGCGUGCGGGACGAUAAAGGAGAAAUUAUACCUCUAUCCAUAGACCAGCUAAAGGCUCAGAAAUGUGGGGGUAGAGAGGACAGCGACGACAUGGACGUAGAUGCUGGUGAUGCUUCACCAGAGGUGUUGAUUCGAGGCUUAUCCGAAGAGAACCGUCGACAGAUUAUUGACAACGGGUUUCCUGAACCUACACAACGUAGACCGUCUCAAGAAAUUUCGCAUCAUGUCAUGUCACUCUCGGAGAGCAGUAGUCUUCCGCCUUCUGAUUUCACCCUGACCGAGUGUUGCACUAGCGCUGUGGCUCAUGGAGGCAGCACUCAAAUCAUGACGGAUGCCGUCGAAAACUGCCGACCGGAGGAUUAUCGUGCGCAACGUCUAGAGAUGGGGACACAAGUUGUUCCAAGUUUUGACGACGACCCUAUACAAUCCUUCCAGGACGCUGGAGAACCCAUGCUUGAUACCAGGUCUCCGCGGGCAACUGGUAAAAAUUUAUAUGUCCGGCGGACAGAGGAAAGAGAAGGCAUAUUAGAUUGUGAUUGUGGUGCGCCUACAGAGGAUGAAUGUUGUAUUCUGUGCGAGGGUGGGUGUGGGAAAUGGUUUCACAUCUGGUGCAUGGGCUAUCAUUCUUCAAAAGACGAGAAGAUUCCCCCUCUAUUCAAAUGUUUUCGUUGUCGCAUUCGUCACGACGAUCACUUCGACAUGAUAUUCGUGCAGAGUUGGUAUCCGGACCUCCUUUUAAAAUACAACAAUCUCGCUCUGUUCAGGAGGGCCAUCAAGAUCGUGGAAACCUACAGCCCACAAGACUUCCUCAAGUUGAUUGGUUGCGAGACGCCGCUCGCCAACCAAAUUUUCAAAAGGCUUGAAACAGAAGGUUUUAUCAUGAAAUUGUCCCCAGGUGACCCAGGUAGCCAUGUAACCCGUAGUAAGGCAAAGACAAAGGCAGGAAAGGCAAGACAACGCAAGAACCCCCAAAAAGAGUAUGUCUUUUCCAGGUCCUCGAAGCAAAGCCAACAAUAUCUGGACUACUUCAAUCCCACAAUGGAUGCUGAGAUGGCGUUGAUCGGGUUUGACAACUUGGUGCAAGAAUCGAAAAUCAGACUCCGCAAGAAAGCUGCUGGGAAUGGCAUAACGAAGCGAGUUUCGGAUAGAUCCAUAUCCGCCACGGUCCCAGAGACUCGACCAGGAAACAUAACACAUUCCCCACAGUCGGAAGCCCAGAGGCGGGUGGAUAGCCAAGCUCGGACCCAUGCAAACGGAACUAUCAGCGAAAGGACAAAGCGGAAGUCUCUGGCGGCUUUUGAUGCUCAGGCGAACUCUAUGAAAAAGCUGAAGACUUCGGUAGCGCCUGGCAUCGACCUGACUGAGUGA